GUACAAGUCUUUCAUCGAAUUUGUUUCGCUUAGUGGAGACAGUGGGGUUAAUAACGGAUGGUUUGAAAUUAUCAGUUUAUACAUUGGGAAAUGAAAGUUUUAUUGUAACAAGUUUAGGCCGUUCAUACUAUGUUAUGAACACAUCGCAGCUUCGCAUAGUUUUUCGUUCCAGUGUGUUUGAAGAUACGAUAUCAGCUAUAUAUAGUUCGCAAGAAAAUAUAUAUUUAGGUUUUAAGAAUUCUUGUGACAUUCAUGUGUACUAUCGUAUAUCAUUUUUGGGAUGUCUAAAAGGGCAUCGACAUUCAGUUAAAGGUUUUUUAUGUUUAGGUUCCUAUUUGAUUAGUUGGAGUGACUUUGAAGUUUUUGUUUGGAAUUUAAAAAGUCUUUCUUUAUACGGAAUAAUAAAAGAAUCCAAUGAUAUAUUAAAUGAACGCAAAAUAAGUGUAAUCCUUCAUCCUGAAACAUAUAUAAAUAAGGUGAUUAUUUGCUACUCGACUCAUUCUGAUGUGGAAUUUUGGAAUUUUAGCUCGUUAAAAUUAAUUCAUACAUUUCAAAGUGUGUAUAGUUUAUUAAAAGCAUCUUGUGGUAUUACUGCGAUUUGUACAACAACGGAUCCUGAUAUUCUUGGUUUUGGGUGUAAAAAUGGUAAAAUUUUUUUACUUGAUAUUCAAUCGGAUAAAAUUCUUGUGCAUUUUGAGAAUUUCCCUAAUACAACAGUUUCAGUCACUUCAUUAACAUGUUGUACGGAUGAAAAUAACUCAAAAUAUGGUAUUCUUGCAUGUGGUUGUUCAAACGGUGAUAUAACAUUUUGGAAUUUGUACGAUAAUUGUUUACUUUAUAUUCUUGAAUCACCUCAUGGAAUUCAUGCACCUAUAACCACAUUAACAGCAAUAGAGAAGGAACCACUGAUUGUUUCAGCAAGUCAUAGUAAUUCCAUUAUUCUUUGGGUCUUUGACUAUCACAGAAAUAAUGAAUUACCACGAGAAUUAAGAUCGCGUAAAGGUUUUUGUUGUCCUAUAACGUCUUUAGAAUUUUACGAUCCUAAUGGAAAAGACUUGCUUUGUUCAGGAUAUUUAGAUGCUUGUUUUUUUGGUUUUAUUAGUACGUUUCAACAACAUCAAAAUUCAAUUUUCUCGCAAAAAAAAUCUUUACAUAAAAUAACUCAAGGAUGGAGAAAGCCGUUAAGUCAUUUAACAGAAAUGACUUGUAUGGCUUUUACGUAUAGUCGCCAUUAUGAUUGGCCAAACAUUUUAACAUGUCACAAGAAUUUAUCAUCAGUGUUUUUAUGGAGUGCUCAUGAUAAAAUCUUAGUUUCUCGUACAUUCAACUUACCAGUAGAAAAACGACAAGUUUUAAAAAAAUCUCUGGUGGCAACAGCUGUAGCUAUAAGUCGUUGUGGUCAAUAUGCUGUUGUCGGAUAUCACGACGGUAGUUUACAUAAAUUUAAUGUACAGUCAGGUUUGUAUCGUGGGGAAUUUCAAUCAUCAGUUGAAAAAACUCACAAAGGUUCUGUUACUCAAAUUGAAAUUCUUUCUCAUCAUCUCGUUUUAUCCCUUUGCAAUACAAACAACGAUUGUUGUUUGAAAGGUUGGGAUAUGCGCACCUGUCAAUGGAAAUAUAACAUUUUGUUAAAACAAUAUUUAAAGGAUUAUGAAAUGUUACAAUGGAAUGCUAUUCGUUUUAACUGUUUUAAUACAUUAGUAGCCAUCUUAUUACGUUCAAAUGAUAGACAAACGGAUAACAGUACAAAACAUUCACAAAAUGACAUGGUUUCUAAAGAAAAACUUAUUGUUAUAAGUCUUGAAACUUUUCAUUUAGUUCGAGAUGUACCUACAGUGGAAAAUGAUAUUAUACAUGUUUUCACAACAAGUUCAAAUGGACGCUGGAUUGUUUACGCUACAAAAUACAAACCUUACCUUUAUGUUUACGAUUUAUUAUCCAAUUCUCUUAUAGAUUGGAUUGAUUUUGAUUCGCCUGUUCUUUGUUUAACAUUUGAUACUUCAGAUACUUUUUUAUAUUUAUGUUUAAAACAUAUGAAUGGUUGUAUUUACGUUAUGGGAAAUAAAUUCAUUUUUGAUGUUGGACAAAAACAUCCCGUAUUGAAUCCGACACCUCAAAAACCAAUUAAAAUUACCGAAUGCCAAACGUUAUCCAUUCAAAAUCAAACUUGUAAUGAUUCUCUUGUCCCUAUAAAAUCUUCCGAAAUGAAUAAUUGUUUUUUUUCACAAAAACCAUUAAUUCAAGGGUUCUUAACUUUAUCAGGAAUGUCAUUUAAUAAAAUUGAAUCGAUUCUUUAUUUAGAUAUCAUCAAAAACCGUAAUAAAAUUCAAAAUACGACAAAUAAAAAAAAUCAACUCACCAAAGCUACUGAUGUACCCUUCUUUUUACCUACAAUGUAUGAAGGAAAUCAAUUAAAAUUUGAAAAGUUGGAAACCGAUGCAACAACUGAUAACAUAUCACAUUUUCAAAAAAAUUCAUCAGAUGUGAGUUCAUUGAAUGUCUCUGAACUUCAAAAACAAUUAAAGCUUUUUAAGACACAUAUUAAUCCAAAAAUAGCGCAUUCAAUUCUUACCAAUUACUUUUUGAAAUUAUCACCAUCUGCUAUUGAUUUAACAUUAUUAAACAUUGGAGAACUCGCUGGUGGCAAUCAUUCUGAUUUAAUUGAUAUGUUAGAUUAUUUUAUAGCUUCCGUUUAUUCACGUGAAAAUGUGGACUUUAUUCAAGCCUUACUAAAUGUUUUCAUGAAAAAACAUUCAAGUAGUAUUAUUGAAAUUCUACAAACCACUGAAAAAGAUCUUUUACCCUGCUCCGAACUUCUCUAUGAACGUUUACAAAAACUUCGACAUAUUAUAAAACAAGAUUCAGAACCUUUUGAGCUUCAGUGUCAUCAAAUGUCCAGUUUUUUUAAAUUUCUUACACACACACAAUUUUAA